AAUCGCCGAGAGCGGUUAGGACGUGCAGGGCAGUAAGGAAUCGUGGGGAGGAGGAGACGGCGGAAUCGCCGAGGAUUGCCGAAGCGGCCAUCUUGCCGGGCUCGGGCAGUGAGAGGGAGAGUGGGGUUCCGGCUUUCUCGUCAGAGGCGAAAGUCCGGGCGCCGCCGGACACCGAGAGGGAGAGAGAGGCGGGGGUUGUCAAUAGCAAUAACCGGGGCAGGAGGGUGAGGAGGAGGGUAGUGGAGGGAAAGAAGCGGGUGAAAGUAAAAUACAAAUACCCGGGGCGUUUAUUCGUGUUUUAUGCCCCCGCCGCCCCGAAACCCCUGACCCCACAACUUUGCGGAGAGCCCCCACCCCGGGCCCCUAGAGGCCCUGAAGCCUCGGGGCUUGAGUGAAGAAUAAGCCUGGCUGCGCCUCAGCUCCGCCGGUGAUCACCGCAAAUGUGAGGACGGACACCCCCCCCCCCCCAAACACCCAGCCGGAACUUUUAUUUUAACUUUAUUUGUUAAUUUUAAUGACCUCUAUACGAUUUCUUUUCUGCUGGAGUCUCUUCCCCGUCAGCACCUACCUCGCACCCUAACCCCCCUCCCCCCCCCCUCCCCCAUUCUGCUGCUGAUCAGUUUAAACUAGUUUGUUUUAGGGGCAGUUGGAUGACACUCUUCGCUGCAAAUAUUCUCUAGAUUUCCUUCCCUUUUAUUUUAAUUUAAAAGUUUUUGUUUCCUCUGUGUGUGUGUGUGUGUGUGGGCGGGCUCCCUUUCAAAGUCCAGAGAUGACCACCAGAACACCAUUGCCUCCAGUCAAUGAGUCUGAUCAGCACACAGGGGGUCACCCAGACCCUCCGCUCCAGUCAAAGUCGAGCAGCAGGUCCAGCAUGCCGCGAUGUCGCAACUCCAUUGCCACCACCACAGAGGAUACUCCGCACAUUGGGAACUACCGGCUGCUCAAAACUAUUGGCAAAGGCAAUUUUGCCAAGGUCAAGCUGGCACGACACGUUCUCACUGGCAAGGAGGUUGCUGUUAAAAUAAUUGAUAAAACUCAGCUGAACUCUUCUAGUCUGCAAAAGUUGUUUCGUGAAGUGCGAAUAAUGAAGAUUCUAAAUCAUCCUAAUAUAGUUAAAUUAUUUGAAGUUAUAGAAACGGAAAAAACACUGUAUUUAGUAAUGGAGUACGCCAGUGGGGGGGAAGUAUUUGAUUAUUUAGUUGCACAUGGAAGAAUGAAAGAAAAAGAAGCAAGAGCAAAAUUCAGACAGAUAGUAUCUGCUGUGCAGUACUGUCACCAGAAGUGCAUUGUUCAUAGGGACCUGAAGGCCGAGAACUUGCUGUUAGAUGGAGAUAUGCACAUAAAAAUAGCAGACUUUGGCUUCAGUAAUGAAUUCACACUGGGGAAUAAAUUAGACACAUUCUGCGGAAGUCCGCCUUAUGCUGCUCCCGAGCUUUUCCAGGGGAAGAAAUACGAUGGACCAGAGGUAGACGUUUGGAGUCUUGGAGUGAUCCUUUACACACUCGUGAGUGGUUCGCUGCCCUUUGAUGGACAGAACUUGAAGGAACUGCGAGAGAGAGUGCUGCGAGGCAAGUAUCGAAUCCCUUUUUACAUGUCCACAGACUGUGAAAACCUACUGAAGAAAUUCCUGGUACUAAAUCCAGCCAAACGAGGCAGCUUAGAGCAAAUAAUGAAAGAUCGCUGGAUGAAUGUUGGUUAUGAGGACGAUGAGCUGAAACCGUACACAGAUCCUGAGCCAGACUACAAGGACCCCCGGAGAACAGACCUCAUGGUAAACAUGGGAUACACUCGGGACGAGAUCACUGACUCUUUGGUGAACCAGAAGUACAACGAAGUCAUGGCGACGUAUCUGCUGCUGGGCUGGAAGACCUCUGAGUUGGAUGCAGAUUCGCUGUCCACUAGUAACUUGUGUUUGAAGCCACGCACUGACCAUACAAACAGUAACGCACAGUCCCCCUCCAACAAGAUACAGCGAAGUGUCUCAUCCAGUCAGAGACCACGUCGGAUCAGUGAACAAGCUGGUCCCACUAACCCCAGCAGCAACUCCUAUUCCAAGAGGAACCAGGCAAAUAGCACUGACUCCAAACACCAGGAUGAGGAGAAGGACAGUUCACGGCGCUCCAACAGCAAUGUGAAGGUGCCAGCCAGUCCCCACACUGGCUCAGACAGGAAGAAGUCAAACACGCCAUCCUCUAUGAACAACACACUGACCAGCAGUGUGAGCCGUGACAGGAACUCCCCAAUGGCAGAUCGAGCUGGUACAGGUCAACAAGGCAAUGUACAAAACAGCAAAGACAGUUCGUCAGUACCAAGCUCCAGAGUAUCCUCCAUGUCUGUCAGUUCGGCAAGAACCCGGCACACGAAAUCUAUGUCCACCUCUGUUCAUCCAUCCAAAAACACAGCAACUAAUAAUGACGCUCAGCGUCCAAGCACUGCUCCCCAGCGGAUCCCUGUCACCUCACCCUCUGCUCACAAUGUUACUGCUGCCACUGAGCCCAGCAACUUCCCAAGGGGUGUCGCUAGCCGGCGCACCAUUGACGGGGGGCAGCUCCGACAGUUCCGCGAUCAACAGAAUGCUGCGUUCAAUGGCCCCCCUGCCUCACCCACCUUGUCUCAUGGCAACAGCCAAGCACGGAGAGGGGCAUCUGGCAGCAUCUUCAGCAAGUUCACCUCCAAAUUUGUCCGCAGGAUGCCUAUUGAGGGAGACGGCAGAGAGGGAGCUGAGAGCUCAAGAUCCAAUCUUAGUGCAGAGAAAGACGAGAAUAAAGAUGCCAAACCUCGGUCGCUACGCUUCACAUGGAGCAUGAAGACAACAAGUUCGAUGGAGCCCAAUGAGAUGAUGAAAGAGAUCGGCAAGGUGCUGGAUGCCAAUAACUGUGAGCAUGAGGGACGGGAGCGGUACAUGCUGUUCUGUAUGCAUGGGGACCCCGCCAAGGACAACCUGGUACAAUGGGAGAUGGAGGUGUGCAAACUUCCCCGACUGUCCCUCAACGGAGUCCGUUUCAAACGCAUAUCUGGCACCUCCAUAGCAUUUAAGAAUAUAGCGUCCAAAAUUGCCAAUGAACUCAAGCUGUAAGGAAGGCUGUGCGAACUUGUCCAAGGUUGUUGGAGGCACCAGCUUUAAUCGGGACAUGAGUGAGAACUCGAGCUGACACUUUCUGGGCUGGAAUCUUUCAGUUUUGAGAUUUAUUUUUUGCAUUAGUGUUUUAAGUUUAUUUUUUAGUUUUUUUUAUCUGACUGAUCAUGUAUUGCACACAUUCUUGACAUGUCACUGUGGGAUGGCAGAUUUGUUGAACUCCACCCCCCUUCUCUUUCCUUAUCCCCCAUAUACUUCUCCCUGUUUAUGGUGAGUUGAAGCGGAGGCCAUUAAUCUGGGAUCUCACAUCGUGCACUACACUAACUUAUGUAGUGAGUGGAUCUGUCUCAGAUACUUGAGAUGAAGAGGAGCAGGUUUAUUACUUGUGGCCUGAAAGGAGUAAGCAAUAGUGAGAGAAACUUUUUAAACUCAGCAGUUGCCUAAUUAUAGACUCAUAAUUGUCACAUUUGUCGGUUUAAAAGUAAUAUCCUAUUCCUCCUCCUAUUCCCCCCCCCCUCUUUUCCACCUUCUCCUGAUUUCCAUGCUUCACCUACAUUGUUCUCCCACUCCUGUACAAUCAUCAUCAUCCGUAGGAGAACUGGGCCUGAAUAAGGUUUAAUUCUCAGAAUUCCUGCUGUUAACUUGUUUCCAGGGAGAAUGAGCCGCGGCCCUUAUCCAAGAUGUGUGCCUUUACUGAGCAGCUGUAGCCUGUAACCUGGUGCCAAUGGGCUCUCUGCCCAGUUUCCUGAUGUCGACUGAGGGGUGACUGGAGUUGGGCGAUGGGGGCUCACUUUCUGGAAUCCUUAUGUUCUUAAUGUACCUCUUACAUUUCCUACCCUCUCUUACCACCACUCACUCUUACUCCACCCUCCAAGCUCUCAUCCUUUCUUUUCCCCACCCCACUUCUUGAUUCCUGGUACACUACAAAACCAACACUAUCUGCUAACGUGCCCAGGGGCUGUUCAAAAUCCGGCUCCUUCCUUGUGAAUCAGGAGGUCGGAACACUGCAUCUCUACACAAAAUAAUCAUGGCUGUUUCAAAGUUGUUGUUUCCAAUUCAUUCUGGAAUUCCUGUUUAGGCUUAUUUAGUGAAUAACCCCUUUUAAUAGUUUCUGCAACCCAGCCAAGGCCUCUUCCCUAACCCAAAGCAACUUCGAUAAGGUUGGAGAAGGGAAGGGGUUUUGGAAGGUUUUUGCUGUUUAAGUUUCUGAAAGGAUUUUUAAAUUGUAAAUUAAUUAAUGCAAUCUUCUUCCUGUCUUUUGUUUUCUGUCUUUUUAAAAAAUCAAUUAAAAACAGUAGAUGAAUCACAAAUUAUUGACAGAUGUUCUUUAUCCAGCUGAAUGUUGAGCUCCCAGGUUUUUUAUUGUGGGCCAUUCCUUUUGUAUUGCCCACCAGAAUAAUUUAACCCUGGAUUAAACUUCCAAGGCAGGAAUUUCUUCCUGGAUUCCAAUCAUAUUUUUGUUCAACCUGUGAUGGUUAUGUAGCCUCUGGUCUGUUAGAUGCAGUGUUGGGCCCAUAUUAACUGUGAUUAUUUCAUUUUGCAUUACUAUUACCAGAGCAUUACAAAGAGAUGUGACAAAGCAGUGUAUUUAUAAACUUUACCUAUAAUCUCCUCAAAUUGCCUGUUUUCACCCAUCCAAAGUGAAAAGAUUAUACUUUUCCCUGAUUCCUUUGCUCCUCCUGCCCAGUUACUGUACUUGGAUCUCCCUGAUGCUCAGAUGGUGUCAGUCGUAAGUUGGACACGGAUCAGUAGCUGCAUCGUUUGUUGGUCACCGUCAAGGACGCUACUUCGAUGUAGGAACCAUGAGCUCACAUCUGGACAGCUCCAGUUGAAAGCCUGGUCUCUCUGAUCCUUAUCCCAAGAAACAACAGGAGCUGCCACCCAGUUUCUGGAUUGUAAAUACCCCCCUUUAGAUCUUUGUGGAGGGGGUUUGGAGUAAAAAGACAUUAGCCUAUUUGGACCUGCUGUUGUCUGAGAUUCUGAUGCCAGUUUGUGAGCUAGGAUGCAGUAAUCAGUGUUGGUGUCCAAGAAGGGAAGAGUGACAGGAGAGGUAGGGUACUGAAUGGUGCGUAGAGAAGAGACCUGGCACAUAUACUGGAGAAGCAGUUAUCAAGCUGGAGGAAUUCUCCCCAUUCAAGGGUUGGGGGUGAAGGACACGUUGCUGGGCUGUGAAAUGUGUUUUUAGGAUAGCCAUGUUUGGGUAGGAGCAGAGUUGGGUCUCUCCUCCAGCUAUCUACCCUUUUUUUGAGUGUGUGUAUACUGCUGAUUAGAGUCGAGUAAAGAUGAGUGGAUUGAGGGAGUCAGGAUGAGACUGAACAGGUGAAGAGACAGUACUAGAUGCACCCAGUAUUUGGUUUAGUUUCCAACAACCCUUGGCCCCAUCUCCAGUCCCUGUCUAAGUGAAUGCUGGUGAUAGAAACUAACUAAUGAGCAUGUUUGGGGCUAGUCAUCAUGUUAGAGCAAUGACUGAGUCUGACAUUGAACUCUAGGGUUUCUGAGGUUCCAGGGAGGAUGCUUUUCCUAUCUCCAAUGCUUAAACUCAAUGAGGACACGGGGGCUGUCUGAACAAUCACUCUACUAUUCCAACUAAAAUAAACAUCUCAACAAAGGCUUGAACCACCAUUUUGAUUUUCAGGUGAAUCUUUAUUUAGUUGUUUUCAGUUUUAGGUUAUAUAUGUGCAUUUGUACCUUAACAAGCAGAUUUCAAGUUUGAUACUGGAUGCUCCUAAAUGUCAGUGGACAGAGAAACUUGCGAUGCCUGACAUGGAUUCCAGUUAAGAUUCUGUGGCCGUGCACAGUGUGCAUUGAUUAGGCAUAUUCAUAGCCCAAAUCUCUACCAUCUGAGGCCCGAUUUCAAACACAGAAAAUUUGGCAGGGAAUGGGUGAUUCAAGUUCACCUGUUCAUCUCCAGGACUUUGUCCCUGAGUCCAGUGCAGACAGAAGGGAUGAAUGCCUAGAGACCUGAGCCCCAUUCAAUAACUAGUUGGUCCUCAGCUGCUGUAUAACCACAUUUGGUUGCCAUGUGGUACUUAGUCCAGUAACACGAGAUGUGUUUAAUAUAUCUGCGAAGCUACCUGAUUUGUAAACACUGUCCUCCUGACUAAGGCUUUGAUCCAGCUGGGAACUAGCAAAACAAGGUUGGAUACCUUCAGUUCAUAUCUCUUCACAAGCUCAGACAUCUUCUCCUGAUUCGUGCAACACCUCUUCAUUCAGUUUCAGAGAAAUUGAUUUCUUGUUUUAAUUCAACUCGGGUCUUGGCAUACACUGUAACAUAGAGAAAGCUAAUCUUUUAGUUUUGCAGUUGCGUUGUAUUUGCUGAUGUAAAAAAGGACUUGCUUUUCUUGUACUGUAGAUAAAAAUGAGGCUCCUGCUGUCUGUUCAGAUCUCCAUUGUCUUGCCUCAAAUGUGACUAGCGUAUAGAGCUUUUUUGAGACAGAAAUUGGUAACUUGACUGAUCUGAGACUGCAAUGGGACUUGAUAAUUUCCUAAUGGUCCUAUGACCAAGCUGAGUAGCAGUUUACUGAUCAUCUGGUCACCUGCUUAGUUUAAAAGAUGUGUAUAAUAGAUCACCUGUACUGGAAAUGUGUAGAGAUGAUGUGCCAUUUUCCCACUGCUGUAAAUGACCCAAAACAAAUGAAUCCUUUUGCUUCUAAUUUAUGUCUCCUAUAGAAAGAUGUCUGGCUUUGUGUAUCAGAAUGUAUUAUUAACCUGGAGCAACUUCUCACCUGAUAUUUAAUUUGCUCUCAUGCACCCUCCACCCAUCCCAACCACCAUCUUUUCUUCAGUGCAAGAUUCUUAAUCACGUUUACUUUAAAUCUAAAUAGUAAAUUCGGCUGCAGGGGUUUGUUUUUAAAUCCCUGCCUUUUGCCCGAGAUGUCCCAACAGCCUUUGUCCCCAGGACCAGAAUUCUAGCUCUGUGAUCCCUUUGACAAUUGUCAUUCUGUAAUAUACUCACCUCUUUCCUUUUUAUUGCUAAUUAUGGAGAUUGGCUGUUGAAGAAAAGUGCCCCUGUUGAUGGAAAGUUUUGCAAAUCAUCUCUAUGGAGAUGAAAAUUUGUGGUCCAUUCAGACUUGAUAUUUGUACAAAAUAAUUUAAGUAAAAAUGGGGUAGUAACCCCAAUUUCCAAACCCACUUUCCUGGAUUUUGAUGUAUACUUUGCUGCUGUUUCUAAACAGACCCCUUCUCUAGAAUGAUAUUACUAUAAUAUAGUGUUAAACCUUGGCUCUUCUGUUGUCAAGGCACUGGCUUUUGUAGAAACCCUUAUUCGGCUGUCGAGGGUGGCUUCCAUCUGGGGACAACCAUGACUUGCCAAUGGUGAGUCAGGAACCUGAGGCAGUACCAGUCAAAUCACCACCCACCAUUCCCUCUGCCCUCCCUCACCACAACUGUUUCCCUUGUCCGAACAGUCAGAAUUGGCUCUUAAAAGCAUUCAUUAAAACUAUUUGCCUAUAUUAGUAGCACCUAAACAAACUCUACAGUUUCCAUUUGAACAUUUCAUGUGACAUUUUAAAAUAAGACAUUCAGGAUGCUGUAUGCCCUGGUCAAACAAUGGGGAAUCCUAUUUACACUCCAAUUUGGCUGAAGAGGGGUCUGCCAGAUUGAAUUUCAACAUCUGUAAUGCUGGGCACUUUAGAAACUGCUAUGAAAUUAAAUUGUCAAGGGUUUAAGAACCACUUAAAACCUAAUAGAUCUGAUGUGUGUACGGAGGGGAGGGGUGGGUGGUAUAGAGAGGAAUUUUAUUUAAUUUUUUUAAAAUCAUGAGUUUUGGGACACUUUUUUGCAUGACCCAAACUGGGAAGUUGGUUUGUGUAGUUGUUUUUGUGUUAAUUUCUUUGAAUGAUUGAUGCCCUUUCAUUUGAGAAUUGUUUAAUUGGAGCCUGGCACCAGAGGGAGGAAAAUAAUGUAUUAAAUAUGGACUGGGAAAAGUUCACAUUUAUGAUU